UCACUCUGCCACGAUAAUCUUGUUCUGUGCAAAUAAAUCGUUUUCUCCACACAUAUCAAAUUAUUGCGUCGAAAACUGAUAACUAUCCAUUCCCUGUAGAUUAUGUGGUAUCUCGCACGAACAAAAACAUGUGUGAAAGUGCAGCUGAAGAAACUCCAAUCGAUAUGAAGUUUUAACAGUGUUUUUACGGCUUCUGGCUUUCGAAGUGCUUCAGCAUGGCCGACCCGACUAUACAGACCUUUUGCUGCCACCACGGAAAUGGCACCGACAUGGCGGUGACCAUCAUGCAAGAAUUCAACACCGACGCAUACAAUGCCGUGUGUAUUUUCUCGUCGUGUCUGGGCAUACUGGGAGCUGUUUAUCAAAUUUUGCCCAGGCAAGAGUUCUCGAAUAGGCAUAGGUGGUUGUCGUUUUCGGCCGAACGAGGUAGAAAAAUUAUAGUGUGGUUGGCAAUCGCGGAUUUGUUGGCUUCUUUAGGAGUAUUUACAAGGUCGACGAUAUGGAUGAAUUACAAAAACAUUAUGCCGGCUGUCGAGGAUGACUCCAGUGUCGUAUUUUGUGCCAUUUCUUCCGCUUUGAUUCAAUACUUCUAUACAGCGACGUGGAUAUGGACUUUAAUUUAUGCCAUCGAUAUGAGGUUUAUUUUGAGCGAGCAGGCUUCCAGGACCACCUAUUACCACCUGGUGGCUUGGAUUUUACCAGCGAUUUUAACCGCAACGGGUUUAUCCUUGCUGUACCUUCCGGAUGCCAAUUGCCACACUACCACGUCUUUGAAAACCGCAGUCGUACGAAUAUUACCCAAUUAUGUGGCUACGUAUGUACCUAUAGCGACCGUAAUGAUCGCCAAUCCGUGUCUGUACCACAAGUCCUCGAGAGACAUGGAGCAAAUAAUAACCAGUGCCUCUGGUCAAUUCACCAGUAGAGAAAGAGAAAUUCUAGACGCAAUCAAAGUCAAAUUUUCUGUGAUAAAUUUCGUGUUUUAUUUGUGUUGGAUUCCAAACUUACUUAACGGUAUUUUGCUAUGGACGCUGUGGUUCCACUUGCCGGCGGAAUGGAUCAUAGCAAUCUGGUACAUUAUGGCUUUAAUGAAUCCACUCCAAGCUUUAUUUAACUGUAUGGUCUACAGAAGGUGGAGAAACGGUUCCGAAAAAAUAAUUCUCCCGUGGCGAAAAAUCGAGGGCUGUUAUCCCACUGCUCACACCGAACCCAGUCCCAACUCCCUCAGCAACAGCGCCCGUGAGGAAAUCCUGCCCUUGUUACGAAACGCCCAAAGCGUCAACGGUUACAGAAAUUACUGGUGAUUUUUGUAACGAAUUGUAAUUUAAUAAAUACAAACUUUCGUAACUUCUUUUAUAAAUAAAUAUGUACUAAAAACAAUAAAUACUUAACUGCAACGAAUAUAAAGAA